AUGGCCGGCAAGGACAUCGCCGCCAUGGCCAACACCCGGCCCAAGAGCGUGGCGCGGCGGCUGUGGCGCGUGGUGCGCGCCGUGCUCUUCAUGCUGCGCCGCGGCGUGCUGCCGACCGGCCGCAAGCUGGCCAUGGACCUCAGCCUCCUCCUCCGCCGCGGCAAGAUCGCCGGCAAGGCCCUCGGCGGCCUUGUCAGCUUCCACCAGCAGCACCACCACCACAGCGGCGGCGGCCUGAUCUCUUCGGCGAGGUCGUCAUUCUCCUCCUCGUGCCGCGCGCUCGACCCGGCGCUCGCAGUGCACGAGCCCUCGCGCAGCCGCCGCGAGGUCGAGUUCAGCUGCAGCAACACCCCGUUCUCCGCCGCCGCCAAGGGCCGCGGCCACCACCACCGCGACGCCGACGAGGACGCCUGGUACUACGGCAACUACGACGCCGCCGACGUCGCCAAGGUCUUCGAGAUGCUCAACGACGGCGGGCACAUCUUCUGCGACGACGACGACGCGCUCCUCGCGGUGGCGCCGGCCACCGCCACGCCGUCUCCCGCGCCGCGGUACUCGUCCAGGAAGCUGCGCGUCACCGACUCGCCGUUCGCGACGAGCGACAGCGACUCGGCGGGAGAGCACCAGCAGGUGGACAGGAAAGCAGACGAGUUCAUCAGGAGGUUCUACGAGCAGCUGCGCGCGCAGAGGAGCCGCGCCGCCACGCCGGACAGCUACGGCUACGCCGCCGGCUCGUACGCCGGGCACUCUCCACGGCCGGUCGCCGCUGGCAUCGCUUAA